CUCGAACUUCUUGUCCUGCAAUUGCGCAUUCAGAUUGAUAGCUCGUCGUGCCUGCCUCAACUCCAGAUUCCCGCUUUUUGCUGUUUCUGGAUGCUCGCAUUGGGAGCGACUCGAGUCUGCGUGUGCUGCCAAUGUCCGCUACAUUAGCAACCCAGAGAUUGAUUGACGACGCGGAACGCAGAGAAACCGUAAGAUGGGGUCAGCAAACAUUCGCGGCUCUACAAGGAGUUCAAAUGCCGUCGCGCCUGCGAUUUCUACCGCGUCGACAAAGAACAAACGCGCUCGAAGCGCCGUCGACGAUCACGAAGGAGCUACUAGUCAACACCAUGAGCCGCCAGCAAAGAAAUCUAGAGUGAGCUCACCGCGCAAGCCGUCGAAGCCAGUCACAACCACUCAGAAGGGCGGUCGCCACCCUGGUGUCGAGCCGAUCUCAGCUCGAAGCCCAAUCAACGAAAUUCCUACCGAGGUCCUGGCAGUUCUCAUGUUUGGUGGCGGUGAGAACGGCGAACUGGGCCUUGGGCCGAGACAGACAGAAGCACGGAGGCCUCGUGCGAACACAUAUCUUGACCCUUCGGAUUCGUCCAGGUUCCAUGUCGUUCGCUUGGCUCCUGGCGGCAUGCACACGAUUGCGUUGACGGUCGACAACAAGAUUAUAUCCUGGGGUGUUAAUGACAACAAUGCCCUCGGGCGCGGUACUGAUUGGGAUGGCGGUUUGCGGGAUGUUGACGCAGAGUCUGACGAUGAGGGCGAACUCAACCCUCACGAGUCGACUCCCGCCAAAAUAAACUCCACCGUUUUCCCUCCAGGGACGAAGUUUGCGGACGUGGCUGCUGGUGACAGUUGCAGCUUCGCUUUGACAGACACUGGACUCGUCUAUGGAUGGGGCACGUUUCGUGAUCCAGAAGGCAAGGAGGGUUUUGGAUACCAACCUGACGGCACCUUGAUCAAGAAGCAAGAAACGCCCACCCUGAUCCGUGGCCUCCAGAACAUUGUGCAAAUCGCCUGUGGAGCCAAUCACGCCCUCGCCCUCGACGCCAGCGGCAAUAUCUGGGCUUGGGGGCGUGGCAAUCAGAACCAGUUCGGCCAACGCCUCUUUGGCCGUCAUCAGGAGAGCCUUCUUCCUCGUAUUGUUCGGGUGUGUAGGGGAAGCGCCAAGUAUAUCGCCUGUGGCGAGUAUCAUUGCUUUGCCGUUGACCAAAGCGACAACGUCUGGGGCUGGGGCCUCAACAGCUUUGGUCAAGCAGGCGACGCAAAGUCCGCUGGGGGCAACGAAGCACUUCUCCCGUUUCCCAUGAAGAUUCCAGGUCUCUGUGGCAAGGGUGUCACACUUCUUGCUGGGGGCGCUCAUCAUUCGGUGGCUGUGGCGGCGAACAAUGACUGCCUUGUAUGGGGCCGCAUCGACGGGGGGCAACUUGGUGUUAGCUUUACAUCGGAACAGCUUGAGGACGAGGCGAUCGUGCGUCGUGAUGACCGCAACAAGCCACGCAUAUGUCUACGCCCUACACUGGUGCCUCACGUCGGCAAGGUCAUCCACGCCGCCUGCGGCACCGACCAUACUAUAUUCGUCAGCUCAGAUGGCCAUGCGUAUUCCACGGGCUUCGGCUCAGAAGGACAGCUUGGGCUCGGCUCUGAUGACGACGUGAGCGUCGCAGAGCGUAUCGUCGGCAAAGCAGUAAAGGACAAAACAUUCAGGUGGGCUGGAGCUGGUGGGCAGUUCUCGGUUCUCGCCGGCCCCUACGUUUCCAGCCCCUAAGCCCGUCUUAAACCUAUCGUCGCCUCCUAUGGCCUGGCAUCUUCCCACUCUCUGGCGGAGACGUGUGGGCUGCAUCGAAAUGGACGCAUGUUGGUUGGGAAGUAAUCGUCACGCCAUGAUAGGUCGUAAUAUGAACCUAUCUAGGCGCUUCCCACCUGGCCGCAGCAGCCAUUUUUACGAUAUUGCAUCGCCAUUGCAGUACGGUAUCAUGAAAUAUAGUGAGAAGACAACUGGGCCAGCUGUCGCCACUGUUGGUCCGGCACGUGGUUGGAAGGGUAUCAUCGACCUUGUUCGUUCCGCUCCCUGCAAGUGAGUUGAUGCAGGGCACCGCGCUUGAGAUCCGCUAGGUGAUCCGAACUGCCUAAGCAUGCCAAUUCCCAAUGUCAUAUCGCCUGAAACAUGUCUCCUUCAGCAACCAACAUAUGUUGCUCAAAAUUUGGCAGUAAAGAAAGGGCUUACAGG